CGCCAGCUGUCUCGUGCACCUCGCGCUCGCCACCUCUCCCCAAUGCCCCAUUGCCUCCCAUCUCGUAGUCUCGUCUCGGUCACGCGAAACCCUAGGCCCGCGACGACAGGCGAGAAGGCAUGGCGAAGGGCCAGAACGGUUCGGCCUCAUCCCGUGAUGGUCGAGGUGAUGAGGAGGAUGAGGCUGUGGAAGCAGCGCGUAGCAGCAGCAAGUCGCUAGAUGCCGACCGGGACGAUCGCUCGAAGGGGAGCCGGGACCGGGCCCACCGUGGCAAGUCGAAGCGGCGGAAGGAGGAGGAAGAGAGCGAGAGCUCCGGCGAGGACUCCAGUGAGCGGCGAAAGCGCCGGAGGAAGGAGAAGGAGCGCCGGCACCGGACCCGCAGCGAGAGCUCGGGCUCGUCGUCGGAGUUCGAGUCCGAGACUUCGUACUCGGGCUCCAGCGCUGAUUCGGAGAGCGAGUCAGAAUUGGAGGAGGAGGAGAGGUUGAGGCGGAGGCGAAAGAGGAGGAAGGAGAGGGAGGAGGGGGAUAGGAGGCGGAGGAGGAAGGAGAGGGAGAGGAGGAAGAGGAAGGAGAAGAAAAAGGAGAUGGAAAGGAGGAGGAAGGAGAAGAAGAAGAAGAAAAGGAAGGAGAAGGAUUUGGGGAAGAAGGGCGCUGUGACGAAUUUGUGGGGGAAGUAUGGUAUCAUCCGUGAGGUCGAUAUGUGGAACAAGCGACCAGAGUUCACUGCAUGGUUAUCAGAAGUCAAGCAGGUUAAUUUAGAGUCAUUGUCAAAUUGGGAAGAGAAGCAAAUGUUUAAGGAAUUCAUGGAGGAUCACAAUACAGCCACUUUUCCGUCAAAAAAAUAUUAUGAUUUAGAUGCUUAUCAUCGCAAAGCAAUGGAGAAAGAGAAAAAGAAGGGUUUAAGGACCUUGGUAACAGAACGUACAUUAUUUAAUGAUGAGGAACAGCGACGGCUAGAAUUGUUGAAGGAACGUGAACGACGAAAGGAGGAAGAAGUGGAAGCUUUAAAAUGCUCUAUGCAAGCUGGACUGGCUCAAGACAUGAAGGAGCAGGAACGUCUACGCGAGGAAAUGAGGUACCAAUACAUGUUAGGCAAUCAUCAGGCUGCAGCUGCAAUUAAAAAAAGAUUGGAUCCUGAUGCUCCUCUGCAGUAGGCGGCCUGUGGAAAGCCCAAUUUCCUGCAGUUGUUCCUUAUGGGCUUCAUAACUGUAGUGCUGUUUGUUACUAAGAUUUUACGGAGCUAGCCUGUCAAAUGCUGGUAUUCUAUCUGUAGAAUUUUGCAUUCCAGCUACUCAAUUUUCACAUGCUCUUUGCUAGCGUAGCGGAUUUUUCAUGCUUGCUAUAGAUUGUUUGACAUACUGUUCCUGGUACCCUCGUCAUUUUUCA